AGUUUAUAGUGAGAACCAACUACUACAAGAUGGCAGACGAAAUCACCCGGCUUGAAGCACAGUACGUCAACAAGUCUAACCUUGAGAGCUUACUGCAAUCACUCUUCGGCUCGACUUAUGAGGUAAAUGAAGGACGAGGCAUUAUUGAAGUCACGGCUGCCAGGCAGCUCACACGCGAUGAAAUCAAGUCUGUAACGAACAAUGCAUAGUCUAGAGUUUGCAUUCAUUUCGGCUGGCUGGUAUAGGAUUCGUGUGCGCUAUUGUCAGGGAAUUUUAUCAAUGCAUUGCUAGUUUUGUUGAAUUCACAGAAUCUAUCAAUUAUUCAUCCCAAG